AUGCUUCUCGCCGGUGCCGUAGGAGACGUGGGGUCGGCCUUCUGGUUGAGUCAGGAAGCCCUUCGAGCGGCGUUCCACCACUACCAGAUGCACGGGAGCACGGGCGAGGACGGACUGGGUCGGCUGCUGCUGAGGGAUCUCUGUCUCAACGGGAUGAAGGAGGUGGUGGAGUGGAGCGUCGGGGCGAGCAAGGAGGAGGUGGCGAGGUUGGCGCCGGCGGUGUUCGAGGCGGCGGGGAGGGGGGAGAAGGAGGCGGUGGAGAUCGUGGAGAGGGGGGCGGAGAGGACUGCCGGUUACGUGGGGGUGGCGGCGAGGAGGAUGGGGGAGGGGAGGCCGAGGGUGUUCCUGCAGGGGAGCGUCUUUCUCCGGCAGUCCGUGUACGUGAGGGAGUUCGAGAGGAGGUUGAAGAAGGUCUGUCCCGAUGCGGUGGUGGAGGUGUGUCGUCGGGCGGGGGCCGAAGGGGCGGCGCUGCUGGCGCUAGGCAGGGACGUCGCGAUCGAGGAGGAGGAGGAGGUGAUGGAGAUGGAGGAAAUGGCUCGGGCUCUGACGGAGCAGCGGAAUCCGAGAUCCACCGACAUCGACACGAUGACCCCGGAGGAACUGGUGGAGGUGUUCAUCCGGGAGGAGGAUUCCAUCCGGAAGGCCCUGCCCCGAGCGGCGAAUCUCCUCGGCCGGGCCGUCCGCAUCGUCACCGCGAGUCUGAGAAACGGCGGGCGGCUGUUCUACGUCGGUGCGGGGACGAGCGGGAGGCUGGGGAUGCUGGACGCGUCCGAGAUCCCGCCCACCUUCGGGGAGCCGCCCGAGACCGUCCAGGGAAUCAUGGCGGGUGGGGUAAGGGCUCUGUAUCGGAGCGUGGAGGGGGCCGAGGAUCGACCCGAGGACGGGGCCGAGGCCGUCGUCGACAGGGGGGUCGGACCGGGCGAUGUCGUCUGCGGGAUCACGGCCAGCGGACGGACUCCGUUCGUCUUCGGGGCACUGGAACGAGCGACCGAGAUCGGGUGCAAGACGAUUCUCAUCACGUGCAACGAGAAUCGGGUCCGGAGAACGGAGUGCGACGUGGAGAUCGACAUCCCGACCGGACCCGAACUGAUCACCGGCUCCACGAGGCUCAAAGCCGGCACGGCGACCAAGAUCUGCCUCAACAUCAUCACGACCGGUGCCAUGAUCCAACUGGGCAAGGUCAAGUCCAACCUGAUGGUGAGUCUCCAGGCGACCAACACGAAGCUGCAGGACCGCGCGAGUCGCCUUCUGGCAAAGGAACGCGACUGGACGUAUCGCGAAGCGCGUGCUGCCCUGGAGGCAUCCGGCUGGGAUCUCGGCGCCCUCCUGGAAACUUCCACUCGUGGUUCUCGAGGCUCGCACUAG